AUGGGGGAGGAGAUAAAAAGUUAUGAGGAAUGCUUAGACAAAUUAUAUAAAACUCAUGCAAUGAAAUUAGGACUUGAUAGCAUGAAACAGAUGAGCGAGUCGUUUAACAAUCCUACUGAAAAUUACAAAACUGUGCACGUUGCAGGUACUAAUGGAAAGGGGUCAGUAUGCUAUAAAAUUUAUUCAUGUCUGAAGUUGAGAAAAUUUAAGGUAGGAAUAUAUUCUUCUCCUCAUAUAUUUUCACUAAGAGAAAGAAUAAUAGUAGAUGACGAACCGAUAAACGAGGAGGAUUUAAUAUGUUUAGUUAACCAAGUAUUUAAAAAAAUUAAAGAAAUAAAUAUAUAUCCAUCCUUCUUUGAAAUUAUUUCACUAGUUGCCUUUUUACACUUUUCAAAUAAAAAAGUUGACUAUGCAAUAAUAGAAACAGGGAUAGGUGGAAGAUUAGAUGCUACAAAUAUUUUGAAAAGUCCUGAACUGAUCAUAAUAACUUCCAUAGGUUAUGACCAUGUGCAUAUAUUAGGAUCCGAGCUUAAAGAUAUAUGUAAUGAAAAAAUAGGUAUAUUUAAGAAAAAUGCAAAUGUAGUUAUAGGACCAUCUGUUUCUAUAUAUAAAAAUGUUUUUCAAAAAGCAAAAGAAUUAAACUGCACUAUUAAUGUAGUGCCACCAGAACCAAGAGGAGAAACAUACAAUGAAGAAAAUUCUAGAAUAGCUAUGGAAGCAUUAAAAUUGUUAAAGAUAAAUAUAGACAAUUUUUUAAAGUCAGUUAUACAUAUUAAACCACCACUACGAAAACAAUAUUUAGCUGAGGAGCAAAUGCAGCAUGUAAAAAAGAAAUUCAUGUCUACAAAUUUCCUACAACAAAAUAAUGAUUAUUCUUUAUAUCCUCAUGCUGUUAUACUAGAUGUUGGACAUAAUGAAACCGCCAUUGAUAGAUUGUGUCGAGAUAUUAACAUCUUUCAUAAAGGAAAAUUAAUUAGAGCAUGUAUAUCUAUAACGAAGCCACGAAGUUUAAAUAUAUUCCAACCCUUAAUUGCGCAGUUUCCGCAUGUAUUGAAGGAUAUUUUUUACUUACCGUCCUUGAAUGAACGGACAUACGAUUUUGAAGAGUUAGUAGAAAUGAUAAACUGGGAUAAUCGCAUAAAGGAUGAAUUAAAGGAACAUGUUUUAAGUGGAGCAAAAAAGGUGAAACAGUGGUUGAGGAUCCAUAGAGGGGAGAGUGCAGAUGACCCAACUAACCCAAACAACGCGGACAAUUUGUAUAAAAGGGGUACCAUUCCGGUAAUUGUGAAAAACGCCUUUCUGGAAUGUUGCAAAGACAAUUCAAUUUUGCUAAUUUGUGGAACUUUUUUUAUUUUUGAUGAAGUUUUAAAUUCGUUUGAUAUAUACUCAGACAUGCAAGAUACAAUUUUUAUGAACGAACCAUCAACAAUUUAA